AUGCGGACGAUUGCAGCAGCAUCGAUGCCCUUGAGGCGGAUAGCACCAGUUGCAACGCGCCAGAGCUCACGGCGAUGCUUCUCAAGCACCCGAGACCUGCAGGCCACAUGGGGGUUCAUUGGAUUAGGACGAAUGGGUUACUCUAUGGCUAAGAAUCUGAGAGCCAAAAUACCGGCUGGAGACACGCUCUUCGUUCAUGAUGUCAACACCGCCGCUACCACCAAGUUCCUUGAGGAGAACCCUACUGGUGUCCAUGUUGCUGAACAUGUACGGGAGAUCGCCGAGAAAGCUGAGGUCAUCGUUACCGCUCUCCCGGAGCCUCAGCACGUCAAAGGCGUGUACAAGGCUAUGUUAGAGCCGCCCACGCUCUUGACGGAUGGCUCCGUGAACAAGGAACGUCUGUUCAUUGACACGUCUACCAUCGACCCCAUGACCUCGGCUGAUGUAGCAGAGAUUGCGCAUUCAACUGGUCAAGGCAAGUUCAUCGAUGCGCCGAUGUCUGGUGGUGUCGUCGGCGCAGCAGCCGGCACACUGACCUUUAUGAUUGGCGCUGCACCUGAGGUCGUGGAUCGAGCCACUGAGGUGUUGUCUUUGAUGGGCCGAAAGGUACUUCAUCUUGGCGAACAAGGCGCUGGGCUUAAGGGCAAGCUCGCAAACAACUAUCUUUUGGCUCUCAACAACAUCGCGACUGCGGAAGCCAUGAAUAUGGGUAUUAAGUGGGGUUUAGACCCAAAAGCUCUUGCAGGUAUGAUCAACAUUAGCACCGGCAAGUGCUGGCCGAGUGAAGUCAACAACCCUGUACCUGGCGUCAUUGAAGGUUCGCCUGCGAGCAGAGGGUACGAGGGAGGCUUUGGCGUAGCCCUUGCCAACAAGGAUUUGAAACUCGCUCUCAAGGCUGCUGCUGAAGCAAACGUCAAGCUUGCGCUAGGGGAGUCGGCAAGACAGCUGUAUGAAGCGGCAGAGAAGGCACCAGACUGUAAAGGAAAAGACUUUUCUGUUAUAUACCGUUACUUGGGUGGCAAGGAGUAA